ACCGAGGCCGCGCUUACUUAGCGGGAGCCGCGGAAGAACGAGCGCGCGGAGCGGCCGACGGUGCGGAGGGCCGCGCGCGGACAUGCGCCCCCCGGCGCCUCCCGCGCUCCCCGCGUUCGGGCUGGCGCUCCCGCUGCUCCUGCUGCUGCUGCUGCCGCCCGCACCCCGCGCCGCCUACCGCGCGCCGCGCUUCGACCCCACCUGGAAGUCCCUGGACGCCCGGCCGCUGCCCGCCUGGUUCGACCAGGCCAAGUUCGGCAUCUUCGUCCACUGGGGGGUGUUCUCCGUGCCCAGUUUCGGGAGCGAGUGGUUCUGGUGGUAUUGGCAAGAGAAAAAGAUACCGAUGUAUGUGAAGUUUAUGGAAGAUAAUUACCGUCCUGAUUUCAAAUAUGAGGAUUUUGGACCACUAUUUACAGCACGGUUUUUUAAUGCGAGCUACUGGGCAGAUGUUUUUCAGGCUUCUGGUGCCAAAUACACUGUCUUAACUUCCAAACAUCAUGAAGGCUUUACCUUGUGGGGCUCAGAGCAUUCAUGGAACUGGAAUGCGGUGGAUGUGGGGCCCAAGAGGGACCUUGUCAAGGAGCUUGAGGCAGCUAUUAGGAACAGGACUGACCUUCGCUUUGGACUGUACUAUUCCCUCUUUGAAUGGUUUCAUCCACUCUUCCUUGAGGAUAAGUCCAGGUCAUUCCAUCAGCAACAAUUUCCAGUUUCUAAGACGCUGCCAGAACUCUACGAGCUAGUGAACAAGUAUCAGCCGGAGGUCCUGUGGUCGGAUGGUGAUGGAGAUGCCCCUGAUGACUACUGGAACAGCACGGUCUUCUUAGCCUGGCUGUAUAACCAAAGCCCCGUUCGGGACACAGUCGUCACCAAUGACCGUUGGGGAUUCGGUACCAUCUGUAAGCAUGGCGGCUAUUACACCUGCAGUGAUCGUUACCACCCAGGACAUCUUCUGCCUCAUAAAUGGGAAAAUUGCAUGACAAUAGACAAGUUUUCCUGGGGUUACAGGAGAGAUGCCAGACUCAGUGACUAUCUUACAAUCGAAGAACUAGUGAAGGAACUUGUAGAGACAGUUUCAUGUGGAGGAAAUCUUUUGAUGAAUAUUGGGCCCACAUAUGAUGGCACAAUUCCUGUAAUUUUUGAGGAGCGACUGAGGCAAAUGGGGACCUGGCUAAAAGUCAAUGGAGAAGCUAUUUAUGAAACCUACCCUUGGAAGUCCCAGAGUGACGUCACCCCAGACGUGUGGUACACAUCCAAACCUAAACAAAAGUUGGUCUACGCCAUAUAUCUUAAAUGGCCCACAUCAAGACAUCUGUUUCUUGGCCAACCCAUCGCUACCCUGGGGGCAACAGAGAUUAAACUACUGGGACACGGACAGCCACUUAACUGGACGUCUUUGAAGCCAAAUGGCAUACUGGUAGAACUGCCACGUCUAACCUUUGAUCAGAUGCCCUGUAAAUGGGGCUGGGCUCUAGCACUAACUAAUGUGAUCUAAUUUUCAGCAGAGUAGUUCAUGCUGCGGGUACAUUGAAGACUAGAAAAUAAUCAGGUUUCUAUAAUUGUAGUAUAUGGAGAAAGCAAAUGUAAAAUUGGUCAAGGAAAGUCAAAUAUUUAGGCAAUUCAGGCCCUUUCCCCUCUUACUGCUUAUGUUUGUUCCUAAAUUACCCAUGUAAUUGUUUUACCUCUCCAGUGUACUUUGCCAUUGAAGUCUCUUCACAUUGAAUUUAUUUCCAUGUGUGAUUAAGAGGUGGAAAUUUUUGUUUUAUGGUAGCUAGGAACUGGUGGUGGUAAGGACUGAAUUAUGUCUCCUGAAGUGUGUCUCAGAUUCCUAUGUUGAAGCCCUAGCCCUCAAUGUGACUGUAUUUGAAGACAGAGCCUUUGAAGAGGUAACUAAGGUUAAAUAAAGUCGUAAGAGUAAGAGCCUAAUCUAUACGACUGGCGUCUUUAUGAGAAGAGAAAGAGAUGCCACUGAUGCAAGCACACAGAGGAAAGGCCAUGUGAGGACACGGGGAGAAGCACCAUCGGCCAGCCAAGGAGAGAGGCCUUGAGACAAACCCAACCUGCAGACACACUGGGCUCUCAGCUUUCAGGAUUGUAAGAAAAUAAAUUACUGUGCUUUAAGCCACCCAGUCUGUAGUAUUUUGUUAUGGUGGCCCUAGCAGACUAAUACAGGUGGCAGAGAUAUAAUAAAUUUGGCCUAAUACAUA